AUGCGACAGCGUGCCGCACUGAGCGCCCGCGCCGCACUGCGCGCCCGCGCCGCACUGCGCGCCCGCGCCGCACUGCGCGCCCGCGCCGCACUGCGCGCCCGCGCCGCACUGCGCGCCCGCGCCGCACUGCGCGCCCGCGCCGCACUGCGCGCCCGCGCCGCACUGCGCGCCGCACUGCGCGCCGGCGCCGCACGCCGGCGCCGCGCCUCGCUCCGGCGGCCGCUGGACGUGCGGAUAUGCGCUGCGGCGACUCCGCGGCGCUGUCGGUGUCGCGCGGAGCGGAUGCGUUCCAAUCCUGUUACUCGCGACUCGGACUUGACGACGCUACGACAUCAGACAUGA